AUGAGCGGAGGCACCGGCGGCGGUGUCGGCGGCCACGGCGAGUGGGCGGAUGCGCGUCGGGGCGAGGGAGAGGUCCUGGCCGGCGUGCGCGAGCUCCUCCAGGGCCAGCGCCGCCUGGAGCAGCUGCUGGCCGGCCUCGGGGCGGGCGCGGAGGUGGCCGCCAGCGGAGGCCCCGGCCGAGCGGGUGCAGACGUCGAGGCCGGCGGUGGGCCCCGCCCCGGGGCCCCCGCGGCCGAGCGCGGGCUUCCUCGAGGAGGCGCGGGCGAGAGGUCGGAGGCCAAGCUGGCGCUCUGCGGGGCGCCGUCGCCCUGCCUCCUGGGCGACGUCGGCUCCUGGCGGGAGGAGGCCUCGGAGGGCGCCCCCGAGGGGGCGCGGCUGUGGCUGGAGCGCGCCGACGUGCGGGAGGAGCUGGCGACCUGCGGCUCGGGGGAGCAGCUCGCCAAGGAGUGCCACAUCACGCGCACGGCGUCGCUCUCGCGCACGGGCCGCGUGGUCAGGUCUCAGUCCGUCCGCAGGUUCAGCCUCGCGUCGCCGAGGUCUCGAGGACUGCGGUCGAGGUGCAGCGGGCUUUGCCAUGGCGCUGUGCUGUCCCCAGCUGGCCAGAUGCGGGCGUGGCUCGACGUCGUGAGCUUAGCCGUGCUUGCGUACAACGUGUUAUCCAUCCCAUACAUGGUCUCGUUUCCAGUGGACACCGGAGCAGGCCUCUUGGGGACACUGGAGUUCGUUUCGGCCGUAUUCUGGUCGGUCGAUCUGCUGAUGAACUUCAGGACUGGAUUUUACCAGAAUGGAGAGCUCCACAUGCAGCCAGGGAAGAUCGCUAGACACUACCUGUCAAGCAGCUUCCUCCUGGACCUCGUCACGCUCCUGGUGGACGUCGUGGCUAUCGUCUUGCAGUCGCUUCAGACCGACGUCUCCAGGGCGCAACCCUUGUCGUUCAUCCGUAUAUUCAAGAUCGGGCGCAUUGCUCGGCUCAUGGGGGUGAUGCGGAUGCGGAACCUCAGCGGCAUCCUCGAUCGAUUGGGGCACUCCAGCGGCGCCGUGUUCAUCAGGGCUCUCUCCAGACCUCUCGUCAACAUCUGCGGGACCGCGGCUCUGUUGAUAUGGAUCAACCACACGAUCGCCUGCUUCUGGUGCCUUCUGGGGCGGGAGGGCGGGCCGGGGCCUUCUUGGUCCGACACGGGCUUCACCUGGAUGGACCUGCGGAGCGGUGCGCAAGGCGAAAUUUACGGCCACUAUGGUCAUUUCUACCAGUACACCACCGCGUGGCACUGGUCCUUGACUCAAAUGACGCCUGGGUCGAUGCAGGUCGUCCCCGUAAACAGUGCGGAGAGGAUUUUCAACAUCGUUUGCCUCAUGGGCGGCCUUCUGGUCUUCUCCACUCUGGUCUCAACGAUCUCGGCGAACGCCGCGCAGCUGAAGAUCGACAUGCAGCGGCACAGCCGGGAGAUGGCGAAGGUAGUUCAGUUUCUGCACAGAUCGCACAUCAAUCCAAACAUCAGGAUGCAGGUGUGCAAGCAGGUGAAGGUGAAGUUGAUGCAGCUGCGCCCUGAUGUAGUCAAGGACUUGGAGGUGCUUGACAUGCUCCCCCUGACCCUGCGCCACACUCUCCAGCUAGAGCUCUGCAAUCCGCACCUCCUCGAGCACCCGCUGCUCAACUUCCUCUCCCAUGCCGACAGCGCGAUGUGGGAGGAGACCUGCAUGACGUGUGCGCACUUCUCGGUGCUGAUGAGCGGUGAUCAUCUAUUCGUAUUCGGGGCCAGGGCAGAAGGCAUGUACUUUGUCAUUCAAGGCUCCCUGUCUUACGACCUGGACGACAGUUUUGCCGCACAGAUGCCACAGGAGGCGAAGGCCGGGACUUGGCUCUCCGAGGCGGCGUUGUGGUGCCACUGGCGGCACAUGGGCUCUGCCGAAGCCCAGGGCCGCAGGGGCGGCUGCUGCGAGGCGCUGCUGCUGAGGACUGCCCCCCUGAUGCCGUUGCUGACCAGGAGGGGCCUGAUCGGGCAGCUCGCGUGGGCGUACGCCCGCAGCUUCCACCACUUCCUGCAGAACUCCACCCCCCCCCUCUGCGACUGGCCGAACGACCUCGUCCUGCCUUUUGGCGUGGACGAGGUCAUCGCAGCGAUGCCGAAGGAGGCGACGGCCGUCAUCGGGCAGGUGGCGAUCGACGUGCUGAUGGCGCCGCCCGAGUCACUCCUCGACAGCUGGCUCCACGCGGUGCCGCAGGGCAACAUCCAGAGGCUGGCCUCGGAGGUGAUGGACGGGGGAAGCACGCUGCUCGCGAUAGGCAGGCGGGUCAUCGUGCGCUGCGUGCCGCUGGUCGCGCUGCGGCUGCGGCACCAGGACGGGCGCAUCUUCGUCCGCAUGAAGCUCGACAGCCGGGCGGACGGCGGCCUGGAGGCGAGCUGCAAGCUGCCCGGGGGCAAGCAGGAGGCGGGCGAGAGCCCGCACGACUGCCUGCGGCGGCUGCUGCGGGGGAAGCUCCGGGCCCUGCGCGACGGCAUCGCGGUGGUCGGGGUGGAGAGGCAGAGCCAGCAGGACAACUCCCGCAAGUUCGGCGUGCCGACGAGGUACGUCCGCACGGUCGUGUUGGCAUGGUGGCAGGGGUCGGAGGGCGACACUGCGGCUCUCGGGCAGCUGAAGGUGCACACGGUGGACACCACGUUGUCGGUGGCCUCCGAGCAGCAUGGAUACGGCAGUGGUGAGGACGUUGCAUCGGAGAGUCUGGCCAAGAAGCCGAGGGCAAAGUGCGAGAAGAAGACCUCGCUGGGCAUUGGCGCCCAGGCCUUCAUGCUCCCGGAGGACGUGGGCUUCUACACCUGGCUCACGGAGGACCAGUUCGACUUUGCCAAGAGUCCCCAGGGCCAGCAGAGCCUGAUCGACUGGCUGUCGGUGCUGUACUCGACGGUCGGGCUCAAUCCCGACGUCCCGGUCGAGAAAGAUGCAUGGAAGAGGGCUUGCUUGUCCAAUGCUGGAAGCGGCAAGGGGCUUGGCGAGUACGAGCUCGGGGAAGAGCCCGGCUCACCGGCAGCCCUGAGCCGCAGAGGCGACGUGGACGAUCCGCCCACGGCCAUGAGCGACCUGGCAUAG